CAGAUUGCUAGCUAGAGUCUCUCUCAAAAUAUCCAAGGUUCAAAGCCCAAACCAUCUCGAUCAGAGCCGAUCAAAUAUUUACGCAACAAGUGAUAUAGUGUUUGCUCAUAGCUCUACUUGAAUGAUGAGUCCCAUGGAGGAAGAGAUGCUGUUGCUCCCUUCGUUCGCCUUCCCGGAGUGUUUUCCGGCCGACGCCGCUGCACCAGGCUCCGGCGGCGAGCAAAAGAAAGCCGGCCGGCAGCGGCGGAGGCGGAAGGCGUCCGCAGGCGAUGGCGACGACGCGAUGGCAAAGAAGCGGAAGCUGAACGACGAGCAGGCGCAGUUCCUUGAGAUGAGCUUCCGGAAGGAGCGCAAGCUGGAGACGUCGCGCAAGGUGCAGCUCGCCGCCGAGCUUGGCCUCGACACCAAGCAGGUGGCCGUGUGGUUCCAGAACCGCCGCGCCCGGUACAAGAGCAAGCUCAUCGAGGAGGAGUUCUCCAAGCUGCGUGCCGCCCACGACUCCGUCGUCGUCCACAACUGCCACCUCGAGGCCGAGCUACAUAGGCUCAAAGAAAGGUUGGCUGAGACAGAGGAGGAGAAGAGCAAGAUCAUGGCGGCGGCGGCGGCCACAGCAGGAGGUGGGGGCAGCAGCCCGAGCUCGUCGUCCUUCUCCACGGUGACGGACCACGCGGCCAUGGUGGACCAGUUCGAGAUGGAGGGUGCGGAGGCCAACUUCGCCUACAUGAGCGACUACACCUACAACAACUACUUGAUGGACUUGGCGGCCGGCGGCUACCUCGGAUGCGUCUACGAUCAAUUCAGCUGAUUUGGGA